CAAUUUCAUUGUUGGAUGUUCUUGUUCAAAUCACUUCCCCUCUCUGGAUCUUGGCCUUCAUCAGCUGUCAAACGUGAGGUAAUUAUGGCCACUUCACAUGGUAGGUAAGGAAUUGGAUCCAGUGCCUACCUCAUAUCUGGAGAUAUGUGUUUCCCUUCCCCUGCCUGCUUGUGAAAGCUAAAGCACUUGGGGCUGAGCCUGCAGACCACAGAUAAAGUUGCCAGAGUUUAUCGCCAUUGCGGUCUGACCACUCCUCAAGCUGAGACCAGGGCGUGGGAGAGAAGAGGAGCCCCUUCCUGGAAUCACGUCUGAGCAUCUGGCUAGAGCUGGCCCUGGCUAUUGGUGGUAAGAAGUGGAUGGCCCAGAAGUGCAGGCAAGGCAGAUGACAAGGCUCCAGGCUCCUGUAAACUCCCCUAACAUCAAUACUGUCAACAAUAAUGCCAACAACAUUGGGGUAUGUAGUGGGAAGGAAAGCCCCCAAUAUUGGAGGCAAAGUCCAGUCCUGCCUUGGGAUGGUGGAGAAGACCUACCUCCUGUAUAUAAAAACAGGAGAAAUUAACACACAUCAUUACUAGGGGGCUUUUGGCCAUGAUAUGCUCAGGGUCCUGGGAAAAUAUAGACCACUUCUUGGAAUUUGUUGAAUUCUCAAGUUCUUUCAAGCUCCUGUUCUCAUUUCUCUUGUUCUGUUACUCCUUUCCUGAAAUUUGCUCUGCCUCACUCUGCCUGGCCAUCAUUAUACCCAUGACCUUGUAGUCUAGUUACCAUGGGCUCUGUUUCUAUUCCAUCUCAUUACCUACCAAGAGACUAGAGUGAGUAAAAUUGAAUCAAGGAAGCAUUUAGCCAAACUACUUGGGUUUGAAUCCUGGCUCCACCACUCACUAGCUUUGGGACCUUAGAAAAGUCACUUCCCUGCUGUACAUCUUAUAUCUGGAAAAUGUUGGUAAUAACAAGGACAAUCUGCAUCACAGGAAUGUUGUGAAGAUUCAGUAAGAUAAUCCAUAUAAAGCAUUUAGCAGAGUACCUAUCCUAGAGUAAACAGUAAAAAAGUGUUAAAUAUUAUAUUUAAUUGAUAGACUUUAUUAUUUUUAUUUUCUCCAUUUCCCAUGUAGAAAAAAUGAACGUACAGCCAAGGGAAGUCACAUGAAUAUACCAGGCUGGGUUUGGGAAGCUAGAGAAUUGAUUCUUGUCCCAAUCCUGUUACAAUUUAUUGUGUGAACUUGGGCUCUGUAAUUCCCCUCUCUGGGCUUCCGUUUCUCCACUGACAUUGGACUAGAUAAUUUCAUAGAUUCCGCCUAGUUCUGAUAGUCAAACACUUACAGAGCCCUCUGUGCCAGGCCAUGUUCUCAUGUCAACCCUGUGAUGAUAGGGAAACUGAAUCCCAAAAAGAUUAAGUCACCUGUCUAGAUCAGAAAGCUAGUACAUAGGAGAAGCAGGAUUUGAACCUAGGCAAUCUGUUUCCAGAGAUUCCUAACUUAACCAUUAUGGAUCUGUGAUUCAAAUAUUACUACCUUUUUUUCUUGACUGAGGGCCUGACUCUAGACAUUUAUCUCCUCUGCUGCACUAACAUAGGCCUCUUUCCAGGUCAUAUGCCAUUUGUCACCAAUGCCUUACCAAAGGAACAGAUCUGUAACUACAGUGGAAUUUCAGUGGGAAAUAUGAGUGAGCAUGUGAGAACAAGAUCCCAAUCCUCAGAAAGAGGAAAUGACCAAGAGUCUUCCCAGCCAGUUGGAUCUGUGAUUGUCCAGCAGCCCACUGAGGAAAAACGUCAAGAAGAGCAACCACCAACUGAUAAUCAGGGUAUUGCACCUAGUGGGGAGAUUGAAAAUGAAGGAGCACCUGCCGUUCAAGAGCCUGACAUGGAAGCUUUUCAACAGGAACUGGCUCUGCUUAAGAUAGAGGAUGAGCCUGGAGAUGGUCCUGAUGUCAGGGAGGGGACUCUGCCCACUUUUGAUCCCACUAAAGUGCUGGAAGCAGGUGAUGUGCAACCAUAGGUUUCAAGCAAGACAAAUGAAGACUGAAACCAAGAACGUUAUUCUUAAUCUGGAAAUUUGACCGAUAAUAUUCUCUUAAUAAAGUUUUAAGUUUUCUGCAAAGAA